AUGAGUGACAACGACUAUGCUGCGGUAGAGAAGCAGCUGGUGGAGUGCAUCCGUCUGUGGGAACGCUUAAACCGUGCUGCCGUCUUCUACCGCGAGGCUUCGUCGCAAGCGGGGCCUGACGCGUUGUCCGCGACGAUCCAAGCGUUGGCGGGAGCGUACCAACGCCUUCGAGCGCUCUGCAUGGAGCAGCGGACCAAGUGUGCCACGCUGAGCGCUACAGAGGCUUCUCUGGCGGAGCCAGGGAACUGGCGCGUUCCACUGGAGUUGCUGCAGUGGCUGGACCGCGGCGAGAACCCUGACCUGUUUCUACUGCGUUUAUUAUACGAUGUCUACGACCUCGAAUACAUUGGACGUGAAAAGGAAAACGCUCUGAAAAAGUUCAGGGCCGUGCUCGAGACGUCAGGUCUCCCGCCUGAGGCACCAGCGGCUAGCGGGCAUACUUCCGACCAGUAG